AUGGCGCCCACAGAAGCGGAUCGGCCUCCCGUCGAGCCAAUGUUCGACCUGGAAACAAUCCCGGAAUCUCCCAAUUACGGCGACAUGGACACUGCAUUCGAAUCGUUUCUCAACCUGGUCCACUCGAGACCGUACUACGGAAGGGAGCAGCGAGAAGAACGAGAGUUCCUCUCAUCCGCGGCGCUGGCAGCAGGGUCGCGGAAGCGCAAGGCGGCGGAGAUCGAGGAGGUACCCUCCGCGGAUGCACCUGUCGUGGGCGGAAGCGAGGAAGAGUCGGAGGUGACGCGCCAGCUACGCCGUGCGAUUGCUAAUGUCAUCCUCCACGGCAGCGGGGUCGGCAGACCGUGCCCCGCACCCGGCGCUGUUUCUCCCGGCGCGGCUGCGCCGCUGCCAAUGGUUACCACUCAUGCCGCCAACCCCGCCAACAGGACGCUCGACCAUGGCCCGCUGCUGAUGCCCUUUCGCCUGCCCAUCGACAAUGGUGCUGCUUCCGCUGCGCCUGCGUCACUAGCAGCCAUGGCCGCACCAGAAGCAGCAGCUUGCAUGAUCUACUAUUACAAUUCAGAUGAUUACAUCGCGGGUUUUGGCGGAAGUCCCAUGCGCGGAGGUGGGGCGGCAGAUUUGGACAAUUGGCUGCCGCACAACCAUGAGUGCAAGGACAGGCAGAUGGCGGGCGGGUGCAUCAAGGCGCGGAGCAUGGCGGAGAGGCAGAGGUGGGAGAGGAUCAGUGAGGGGCUGCAGAAGCUGCGACUGGUGGUGCGCGGACAUGGGGACACUGCCACCAUGCUCAACAAGCCGUCGCGUUUGUCGAUGCGUUGCAGCGCAGAGUGGCUGCGGGUGAGUGCGCCCAUAACCCCCCAGACCAACGUGCCUGUAACCCUUCCCUAG